UUGACUCUUCUCGAUAGGAUGAAAACUCGGUGAACUGAAAUACAUGAAAAGAGAAGGGGUUGAGGGGACGUUUUUAGACUCACAGUGGCUGCCUUGAGUUAUUGGAUUUUGACUGAAUAUUCUGCUCUCAUAAUAAGGUCCACCAAGUGCAAGUGAAUCCUUGUUAGUGUUAACAGAUUCAUUGACACAUCGGAUGAAAUUCUUGCAGUAUCUUACUUCUAGUAAGCAAGCGAUACACAAAGAAGCACUUAGGCUCAACGCAAUCAUCAUAACAAAUAGUUAGACUAAAAACCGAGUCUAUAAAUUUUUAUACUCGAAUAUUUUUCUUUCUUUUCCCACACUAUAAAAAUAUUUGAAGGCUUAUCAAAACAAAACUGAAAGUCAUUUGAAAAUAAAAUAAAAAAAUGUGUAUGUAUUUAAAUAAUUAAAAUUUUAAGCAUUAGAUAGCAAUUUUCAUAAUGCCCACCUGCGAGUUUACCUUCGAGCGUGAUACGGCGGUGUAUGUGUGUGGUGAAAAGCUAAGCGGCAGUGUGGCGGUAGCAUUCGCAAAGGAGAGAUUACUUGAAGAUAUACGCAUAGACUUCUGUGGUAAGGCUACCGUUAGUUGGGUUGACACAAUGGCGCGCUUUCCAAAGCUCUACUCCGCUGAGGAGACAUAUAUGGAGAUGGAAACAGUCGUUUUUCAAGGCGGUCUACUGAAGCCAAACACAUAUAAUUACAGAUUUAAUUACCUUAUACCAGAUAUAUGUCCGACCACUUGUACGACAGAUAUCGGACGCAUUUACUACGAAUUAUCUUUAAUACUUUCAUUCCAAGACAAGACACACGACAAGACAGAAACGCGUAAAUUUACACACGAAAUACUGGUGGUGCAGGUAUUUAAUAUCGAUAAAGUACCCAAUGCAUUGUUACCAGUCAUACGUAACGAUGAGAUCUUCUUCUGCUGUUGGCCCUGCUCGGCCGGUCCGAUUUCUAUACAUUUGAAGGCAGCAUCGGGCGCCUACAUACCCGGCAACACUAUAAACUUCUCCAUUGAAGUGGCUAAUAUGUCGAAGCGUUGCGAAUUUCGCACACAUAUCACCGCCUCCUUCAUGCAAGUCUACAAAUUCACCACACAAGUGCCGCGUCGUCGCACGCGCUAUAUUUCGUACGUUUUGAGUAGCGUGGAACACCGCAUCAUUGUCAAAACGGAUGACAUCGCUUCGCUGGAUGAGAAAUUCAUCGUACCGCCGCUGCCGCCUUCCACACAGGGUACGCACAUCAUUUCAAUUAAAUACGAGUUACGUCUGGUGACGCGCAUCAGCUAUGUCACACAAUCAAUGUCGGACUUGACAUUGCCCAUACUGAUAGGCACGUCGGCGGAUAUAACACCCGAGCACACAAAUACGCUGAGGAAAAGUAGACGCUUGUAACGACUUUAUGCCAACAAUUAUCUAUGCAAGCUCUGGCACAACCUCUGGUAGAAGAAGCGGUAUUUUCAGGGGUUUGAUCUUCGCUGGCAUUCUUUUGAGGCCCCUCGGUAGCGCUUGGCAG